GCGGGUGAGACGCUUGGCCACUUUUCUUGUAAAGCCGCUGACUCCUGCCGCGGGAGUGAUUCCUCGGCCUCAAGAGCGAUGAACGAGGCCGCGGAUGUGGACAUGGAGACACGGCCGUGGAAGGCGUUGAAGUCUUCGGCGCUCAGUAGCGCCAAAAGUAGCGGCCUGCGCGCGGCCCGGCCCGACUUGAACCGAUAUUCAAGCGUGGCUGCGCCCUACGGCCCGGCCGACCCCGUGGCCAGCACGUACUUUCAAGUCGUAAUCAGCAAGGCCAAGGCUCCUAUCGUCUGUGGCGACGCCGGACCCGUCAAGGGCAAGGCUAUCUACGCCGAUCGAGACCUGCCUAAGGCCACUCGCAUCUGGACUGAGUCGCCCCUCGUGGCCAUGCAGCACGAGAUCAACCGCGGCCUGCUACCAUGCUGCCAGUUCUGCUACCUGCCGCUGCUUGACGACGCCCAGGAUCAGUGGCGCGACAUCGUCACGCGCUACAACACACAAGUGUCCGCUAAAGCGACAGCAAAACCGGCCGGUCCAGUCAGACAGCAACAAGAUCCGGCCAAGCAAGGCCGCUCGUCUGGCGUGGUAGAUGAUGACGCACUCGAGAAGGUGCUGAAGCUGCUCCGCAUCACGCCACAGAGUUGCGGCAUGGCCGGCCCGGGGGCCAAAUGCUCGUGCGGUGAGCUGUACUGCUCCAAACUGUGUCGUAUGCGCGCCUUUCACGAAUACCAUGCCAUCCUGUGUCCUCGAAACGAUCCAUGCUCGGCCAUGGGCGAGUUCCUUAAGCACACACUGCACACAAACGACAUUUUCCUACUCGCUGCAAAGGUCAUCGCCCGCGUACUGUCACGAUAUAUAGUGUGGCGAGAUAUCGUCAAGGCUCGUGAACCCAUCGAUAUGUUCUUCAAGAAACCGUGGUGGGAAGUGGUGGAGGUAGAACACGACGACUUUGUCGCACUACCGAGCAACGGAGAGAGUGGCAGUGACCAUACAAGUAACGACAGCGGAGUGAGUAGCAAUAACGAGGACAGGUCGCCCAGCGAUGUCAAAGAUAUCGACGAAGAAGAGAAAGCGGAAGCAAACGACGGUCGUCCUACACAGCAGACGGAAGAGGAGCACGCACACUGGACGAGUGGGUCCUCCAAGGCGCAGUGUUUACAGGAAGUGAUGACUAUGACGCACCAGCUGUUGAUCGAUGCACUGGAGUGCAAUCUCGUGCGUCUGGAACGGGAAGGCCAGCUUCGAGGCGUGACUGUGGAGGAAAUCUGGCGCUGCUGUUCCAGUGUGCUAAGUUUCGAGUUCUUCACGGCCCAGAUCGGUCUUUUCGAGAUGAAUAACAUCAGUAUGGAGGUGGAUCAUCCGUUCCACGCCUUCAUCGAUAUCCUGGACCCAGAUGUGCAAAGCGACUUGGCAGCAGGCGAUCCGGAGCACAGUGACGGACAGAUUAGUCCGAGAUUACAGCCACAACUUACAACGGAGGACCAAGCGCUUCUCGGUAGUUUGCGACCCCAACUGCACGGUCAUGUAUACAAAGAACGGCGACGGCCACGUCGUAGCAAUCCGAGAUAUCGAAAAGGGCGAGGAGCUGUGCAUCUGCUACAUCGAUGUCGACAUGGACGUGCAAAUGCGCGAGAGUAA